GCUGGUGACGUGCGCGUGAGUUUCUUUCCCCGUCUGUUUAACACACACACACUCUCUCACACUCGACUGGACAUAAACACGAGUGAGGGGCCUUUGUGUUGCUCUCAUCCCUGUCCUCCGGCGCAGGCUGAGCCGAGCUGUGCUAGCGGCGCGGAUGAUCUGAUGCCUGAGACCAUUAAGGACAUGGGAUACUUAUAACGACUUAAUGAUAAUGUCCAUCAACAAGUUCUGUAAGAGUGGAUAACCAUAAUAAUUAAUCAGGAUUCUCACUGGAGACUAAGUAGACCGAACCAUGGCUAGCAAGAGGAAGUCCACCGUGCCGUGCAUGAUUCCUGUAAAAGCCAUGCAUCUGCAGGAUGACUUUGAACGGGGCAGACUUUAUCCUCCAGCCAAGGACAUUGGCUUUUCCCUUACAGAGGAAGCAAGUGGAAAAAGCAGUCAAAGUUUGGAUGAGUCCUCUGGGCAAGAGGCAGGUGAUACCUAUAAAGAUGAUGGCAUUUACACUUGUAGGCCAUGUAACUUUGAGACCCAGGACCUAAAUCUUUUCCUCGAUCAUGUAUACAGUGGGCACCCAGAUUUCCGCAUUGACCCCUGUUUUCGUUGUGUGGACUGCGGGACAAGUGCUGCAAAAUUUGAGGGCUUAGCACUGCACAAUGCCCGUGUCCAUCCCAGUACAAUAACCACCACACUUCAGCUCAAAAAGAAGGACAACAGGAUCCUGGUAGAGCAGAGUCUUUGCGUGGAACCUUGUGAAAGCAGUAGCUCUAAAGAAUCUGAGAUAUCUAUCACUAAGACGCCAAUCAUGAAAAUGCUGAAGGGUAAAUCAGAACCCAAAAGGAUUGUAGUUUCCCACCCUGCAACUGAUGACCCUCUCUCCUCUAUUACCAAAGUGGUGGAGAAAAGUGACUCUCCUGCAGUUACUGUCACUCAUGUGCCCACUAUUGUACACAAUGGAGCAGCCAGCAAAGUUGCCCUGCCAUCGGCCAUACAGAUCGUUAAUGGCUCUGGGGCUUUGCCCAUGCUGAAGACAGCUGUUACACAAGUUGUAUCUGUUGUGCAGAACAGAAGUCUCAAUCAACACUCUGCUCCAAUCACUGUCUCCUCAUCCCACUCCUCUUCAGCAUCCUCCUCAUCAAGUACUAAGAAUCUUCCAAAAGUAAUGAUCCCCCUCAGCAGCAUUCCUACCUACAAUGCAUCCAUGGACAAUAGCAGUUUCUUAAAGACAUCCUUUAGCAAGUUCCCUUAUCCAACCAAGGCUGAGCUUUGCUACCUUACUGUAGUCACCAAGUACCCCGAGGAGCAGAUCAAGAUCUGGUUCACAGCACAGAGGCUGAAACAAGGAAUCAGCUGGUCUCCAGAGGAAAUAGAAGAUGCCCGCAGAAAAAUGUUCAAUACCAUCAUACAGGCAGCACCCUCUAACAGCCAACAGCAACGGCACACCCACCACACCACUACCCAGCCAACUAUCACAGUUCUGGGCACAACUGGCAUCCCUCACUUCUUACAAGGUAGCCUGGUUGGCCAAGGAGGGGUGAUUGUCACCCAGCCGAUGAUGGCUAAUGGAAUUCAGGUCAGCAGUGCCCCUGUUGCAUUAGCCGUAACACCUAAACCUCAGGCUGCUGCAAAGCAUACGAUGCAGGCCAGACCCGCCGCAGCCCUGGUAGCCGAUAAAGGAAUCAGCAUGGUUUUAGGCACUGUUGGUAGCAGCAGUAGUGGAAAUUGCAGUAGUAGCAGCAGCAAUGCUAGCAGCAGUUCAAGCAGUAUUAGCAGUACUAGCAGCUUAUGUAGCCAGGCUAGCGUAAUCAGUAUUGGUAGCAGCAGCAGCAAUGCUAAGGUCAAUACACCGGGUACUGAUGCCACUUGCAUUCAAAGCAACGGUACUAUUGUGAAAAGUGAGAGUAAAGGCAAUUCUGAGGUUAAAAGCAACAUUAACAGCAAGAACAGUGUUUCAGCUGCCAGUACCACUCUAGCCACGACCUCUGCAUCUGUGACUACAACAGAUAGCGCAGUACCAAGUAAAUCAGACUCUCCUGUCUCUGUGAACUCUCGUAUAUUCUCCAACACUAACAUCCUGGACGCCAGCUUUAACAAAACAAAAAAGUCCCAGGAACAACUGGCAGCCUUAAAGGAGAGCUUCCUUGUAAGCCAGUUUCCUAAUCAGGAGGAAGUAGACAGACUUAUAAGCCUAACUGGUCUGUCUGUACGUGAAGUACGGAAAUGGUUCAGUGACCGCCGCUACCACUUCCGGAAUCUGAAGGGUUCAAGGUCAAGCGGCGGAGGUCAGACUGUUACAGCUAGUGGUAGCAUUUCCCAACUGGAUACUCUUGCUGCUGUAGACCUGUCCGAAAACAGUACACCCCCAGAGAGGCCCAAAACCCCCCAGCAGUCACCUCUCAGCCCCUCACAGACGUCAUCCCCACCAACUCCAACACGGCGUCCUCCACGCCCCCCGUCGCCAGAUUUCACAGCUAUACGCUACAAAGAGCGAGAGCCGCACCAGGUUCGCACUUUGGAGGCCAGCUUUGCACAGGACCCAGAUCCAUCUAGUGAAGAAGUUGACCGGUUAAGAGCAGAAACAAAGAUGACUCGCCGUGAGAUCCACGGUUGGUUUGCCGAGCGACGGAAGAGGGUAGCGGCAGAGAAGAAGAAAGAGGAAGCUGAGAGGGCAGAAAGGGAAGACAAUGAUGCAGAAGAGCAUGGAAUAAAAAAGGAAAAAAGCAGCAAUGAGGAGACCCAUGAAGCAGAAGAUUCCUCCAAGGAAACACAACAAGAGGACCAACAGAAGGAUGAGAGCGGUACUGAGCCGAAAGUUAACCCUAUCAAAAUCAAUCUCAAAAUGCUGAAAGUUACUGAAUCUAAUGGAAAAGGAGAGCCAGAGGGCAGUCAACUGAAUGAGGCUACCAAGGUGGCACAAUCUCUCUCUCAGACAGCUGUUCCUCAGACCUCCCCAUACCGAGGAAAGAAGACACCGGAACAGCUCCACCUGCUGAAGCAAGUCUUUGCACGCACCCACUGGCCCAGUAGUCCCCAGUACAAUGAUCUGAUAACUAAAACAGGCCUGUCACGACCAGAGGUGGUACGCUGGUUUGGAGAUUGCCGCUAUGUCCUGAAGAAUGGUCAGCUCAAGUGGCUUGAGAGUUACCAGACCAUGGUAGACGAGGAAGACUUCCAGAAAGCCAACAUUAGCAUCCUCAAGGAGCACCUAGAUAAGCAUGGUAAACUAGAUGAGACUAAGUUGGAGGAGAUUGUCAAAUCAAGUGGGUUAGGUGAGGAAUCAAUCCGGCGGUGGUUUGCCAAUAAGAUGCCACUUUUAUUGGAGGAAAGCAACUCUGAGAGCACAGCAGGUGUGAUGACUGGAUCAUCAUCUGCAACCCCAACUGAAGCUGCUCUAGCGUCACAACAUCCAGACCAUGACGAGGUGGAGCGGUCAGGAAGCAGCCUAAUCUCUAAGGAUCAAACCACAGUAGUUGACAUAUCAACAAGUACUAAACAAGAGUCUGACUGAAGAGGAGAGUGGAUGCAUGACUUAAUGUGAAGCGAUAUCAACCCAUGGGAUUACAGCACAUGUGGCCUUUAAUUGAAGGCUUUUUUUUUUUCUUUUUUUAAACGAUUAAACUUUAACAGGAGCACUGGAGAACACAUCUGCAAAAAGAAAAAAACUCUCCCCAAAUGAAUAUUUUCGUUAAUAGCUGUCAGACAUGGUGUGGAUUAUCAAAUAUCAGGAUGCACCCCUUCACCAGCCAAGCUGCUUUUUCGAUUUGGAUGGGAUAGAGGGGAAAACAGACCUUAACUUCAUGAAGUGAGAGACCCAAGUUGAAGUUCACGGAGAAGUUUUUCUUAGAUGUGAAUUUCCUGUCUUUUUCUUCUGGGGAGGAAUUACCAUUUUUAGGGGACUAAUGGUGGAACGAAGUGCAAACUGCACAGCUCUCAUUGAGCCCUUUUGUAAUUCUUAAAAUAUGACUGACAUAAUUGCACCUCAGAGAGGUUGAGUUGUAUGCUGUAGGUGAGCAUCAAUCCCAUAGCACAUUUUUCCCCCCGAAAUGUCAAAGUAAAAGAACCCCUAAAGUCAUGAUUAUUUGUGUCAAAACAGAUUCACCAGUGUGAACGCUUAGGCUUGUAUGAUUUUUACAAAUACUAUUUGCAGAAUAAAAUUAAUAUUACAAAAAAUGGUCAUGGUUUUUCAGGCUUGGAAAAAAGGAACGUCACCGCUCAUUGUUGAUUAAGUAGUUUAUUCUCAGGCUUGAUUAUGUUUCAUAUGAAAAGCAAAAUUAAAACACAUACUUCCUCCAAUAUAGCAUAGGCACAUUACAGAAAAGGCUUGGUUGUAAAUAAGAACAUUGGUAACAAAACGCUGAUGCAAGAAAGCAUUGAAAAAGGCAUACAUGUCCAACAGGGAAAUCUUUCGUUGAUGUAUAUAUGUAUACAUACACCAAGGCACAUGAACAAUGAGGCAAGAGAAUAGCAGAAACUAAUUUACAGACUGGAGAAGGGCUACAGAAAUACAAGGAGAGGGAUUAACAAUGAAAACAAAUUGAGGGAAUGGUGGCUAAUUAGGAAUAAAUGUAAGGGAACUAGAACAAAUUCCCUCUGAAGGCAUCUGGCCUCGUCUUUUCCUCUCAAAGCUCAGGAAGUGAUUAUGGUCCCUGUGUCUUUCUGUAAUAUUUCUAGAUUGUGUAAUGCAAAUUGGUAUACACUAAUCAUUGCGAAAGACUAGAAAAAAAAAAGAGGAAUGACAGAAUUGAUGCAUACAUCCAAAGGCGCAAGCCGGUUGCUUGAAUUGCACAUCCCUCUGUGUUAAAAUGCCCCUCGUUUACAAUUUUCUAAUUAAUUAGAAUUUCUGUACAUACCCAUUCAGAGGAACAUACAACAACGUAACAUUAUAAUUUGAGGAGUAAAUUCUGGAGCAUCUUUCAGACUCUGAGCUGUCAUGCACAGAACCAAAUAAAUACUGUGACAAUAACGUAGCGGGCACAAGCGAGGGGAAAGGGGCAAACAAGCUCUCCAUAAAAAUGCACCUGGAUCCCAUGAUCAGAGAGGCAGAUAAAGCAUCAGUGAUUGAAAAGCAAUGCGACAGCAUCACAAUGGCUUCUGUAUAUGGCUGUUAGACACGAAAUGAUUCCCAGAACUACAUGGCAUGUGUAUGUGUGCAGUUCAGUAACAUCUCAUCCUCUACUGGUUAACAUGAGAAACUUACCAGAGCUACAAUAAAUAUGGCCUUGUUUUUACUGUACAUCAGCUGUGAAUACUGAGGUUUAGCAGUCUUAGCCUGUUUCUCGAUCAGUGACAAUCUGCAUUAGGGCAAUACUUUGACAACACGAAACUAGAUGACUGCUUGGCACAAGGUAUACAUCUAAAGAAAGACUGACCAAAAUGCCCUUCCUCCUGUCCACAGAAGAAGAAAAAAAAAUGUAUCAUGAGUAUUAUUCAACGCUCAGGGUGUUCUACUAACCCAAUGAAAUAAGACAGACUUAUGUGGUCCCAAUUACCAGUCUACCUUUGGCUUUCUUAAAACUGACAUCAUGGUUAACACGCUAUUAAAUCAUACAUAAAACGUCCUCCCUAUUUGAUCUGACAAGACAAUACAUAAUAAAAAGUCUUCAGGAACAAGACUUGAUACAGUGUGGAGGAACAGUAAAUGAUAAAUCACAGAAAUGGUUUUAGAGGGAUAAAACGGUCUGAAAUAAAUGGUCCAAGUUCUGUUCUGUAAACUAACUACACAAUGUUUCCACAAAGCUCUCAUAGCCCAAAACCCCCCACCUGAGCGGUUUGUGAAUUCAAGUCCACCUGUGCAGACUGGCAAAACAUAAAACACUCUCUGGUCACUUGACAACUUCAUAAUUUAAUUGAAAGCAAAGUAAAGGUUGUUAAAUGUUGAAGAAUGUCUUCCUGAAGCUCAGACAGAUACUACUUCAGAGAGAUCUGCCACCUGCCUGUCACAAAAAAAAAAAAAACACACAAGCACAUCCUGGGACGUGUCAAACACUUUAGUUCGGACAGAGGGAAGAGAAAGAGCAAGACACGCAAUUAAAAAGGCCAAGCCUUCAUGUUAAAAACAUACUCGUAUAGAAAAAAAAAUGACAUUAUGAAAGUUUAAAACGGAUGUUUAAAUAAUAAAAAUAAUCUGAAAUGAAAUAAAAAUCUGGAGUGAGAGGCUCUUCGAGAGCAAAUCAGCUGCAACGUUUUUCUAACCACACACACAUUUAUAUAUUUAUAUAUAAGCCAGAGAGAUAGAGUAAAGAAAAAGUAUUAUUACUCCAUAAAUGUUAACCUGGAAUUGGUUUCAAAGUAAUGAAUGAUACAACCCCCAAUUUCAAUUUUGAAACAUUGGCCUUUGUCGUCCACCCAAAUGCUGUCCUUGAGAUCAGAACACCCCCAUCCCGUCCCGUCCCGUCCGCCGCAGGUUCAGAUUGUAGCUAAGCAGAUAAUUGUUCGUUUCUGUCCGUGAGCCGCAGCUCCGUUCACGCUCCGCAGGUCCCUCUGCCACUCGCGCGGCCCAGAGCGGGAGAGAGUCGCAGAGAGAGGGAGACCUGUCCGAAAACGCUGGCGAUGACCACUUCCACGGCAGUCCCUGACAUCAUCAGCUCUGUAGGAAGCUUGUCGCUGGCCUUGCGUCCGCUCCGUCCAUCUGUCGUGUGCUCAGCCGCUCGGGUUACGCACGGUUGUCGGCGCUGACGCGAGCCCUACGAAGCCUGCCAGAGAAGAGAAACACCACACACAUCAGAAUUCAGCCAUCUAGUCUUGACUUCUGAUCAACAUUAAAAUCUGGUCCACAUUGUCCAGCCGCUCAAACAGGAAGAGAACCAUUUCUUAUUUAACAAAAUAAGCAAUAGGGAACAUCUUCAGUACAUAGUUUAGAAUUAAAAAAAAGUUUGUUUUUUUUAUAUUAAAAACAAGUAAGCCCAGCCCAGAUGAGAAAAAGUAAUGCAAAAGUCAUAAUCCAUUACUUUCAAUAAAAAGUAACCAAGUAAUGCAAUUAGUUAUUUAUUUUUUUAGGGAGUAACGCAGUUGGAUUAGAGUCACUGGAUUUGUCAACUGGAAAAAAAAAAGCCACUGAAAAGUUCAAUAUACAUCUGAAAAGCAGCGGGCACAUUUCUGAACAGACACUUAAAACAGGAAGCAUCGCCACUCAAAUCAGCAGUGAACAAAACUAGUCAAAGCUAGUCGACAGUCGAGUAAAUGCUGGCAACCUCUUGAAGUUAU